AUGGCUUCUUCACAGAAACAUGUGCGAAUUCGGGUUCGGUUUUCAUCAGAUUGUCAUGAACCAAGCUGGCUCUUCGUGAACAAGCACACGACGAAAACUAUAUCGGACCUAGCAGAAGUCAUACGAGAUAAAUUUCCAAACACGAAUUCAUUUUGUUUUAAGCUGACAUUGGCUAAUUUCCUGCUACCACCUUGGGAGUCGAUAGAUGUGUUACAGAAUGGGGAUGUCGUACGAGUUCAGUCUGACGAUGAUCAAUGUUCCAAGGCAAGUUUGCAGCAGAAAUCUGCAGAAGCUGGGCAUCAUUCACAAACGUGGAUCUCUUGUCCUGAUCCGACCUCUCAGACCAGUGACCAACCUGUGACGGAAACAAAGAGGGAGAAAAAGACGAAGAAGAAAAGGCAUAAGGAAGAUUCUACAGAGAGACUGAGUAAAGAUGAAGCUUCAGGUUUGGAGGAUCAAGAUGGUGUGUCUACAUGCAAGAAACAGAAAAAAGCCCAUAAAGCCAGAAAAAACAUUGAGCAAGUACAGGGCAAUAGUGGCAAGAAAAAUGAUGUGCUGGAAAAGGCCAGUAAUAACAGAGGCAUAACUUCAGAGACAGCAAAAUGUGAUGAUGGUAGAGGAAAUGCCUCUGUAGACUUCCACCUAGAAGUUGGCAAAACAGACCCAGUCAAGAUAAAAAAGAAUCACUCUGAUGUUGUUGAUAAUCAGGGACACAAGUCAACUGAGCCAUUGAAACAACCUUGUGAUGAGCAGAAUGGAACACUGGACAAAUCUUCACCAUCUUCUGAAAAAGACAAUCAGAAGAAGAACAAACGAAGACGUCGUAAGAGGAAGAAAACACUUGAGAGUCCUGUUGUUGAUGUCAGUGUGGGCUGUACGGUCAUUUCUCAAGUCACCCCGCCAGCCAAGUGGAAGAAAAACCAGAAAGUCUUGAAUACACAUAAACACUUUGGAGAUUCUGAGGAGGAAGAUGACCAGUCCCAGUCUCAGUCCGAGAAUAAUCAGGAUGAAGGGGUCAGGGGAGAUAACUCUGAAGAUGAAAUGGUUAUAAAUGACAAUGGCGUGUCUAUGAGAGAGUCUCAGUAUUGUUCAUAUACAGAGGGGAUAUAUGGUUCAAAUGAGGAGACUGAUUCAAGCAUACAUCAAGCAAAUACUAAAUGGCACGGCAGUAGGAAUAAUAUAUCUGUAAGAGAGACAACCCUUACAAAUGGAACAUCUGUGUUUACUAGAAAACGGAAAUGGAAAUUUCCAGAGCUGACCAAAGACCAACAGCUGGCAACCACAGCCACAAACAAGUCCGUUAUCAUCCAGAAUCCUGCUGAGGAGAAGAUAAAUGUGCUCAAUGGAUGUACUGACCUUAUUCCUGUGGUGAAGUUGUAUGAAGAGUUUCCCUUAUUGACUGGCCCACCACGAUCUGGAGACAAGAUUGCAUAUAAGAUUUUAGAAUUAACCACAGACUACUGCCCUGAAGUAUCAGCGUAUAAGGAAGGAACUGUCAUUAACUAUGAUCCUUCCUCAGAGAUGGUGUCCUUGAAGCUUGUUUUAAAUGAGGAUGAGCCGACAGAAAUCUUACCAAGAAAAUUUGAUGUUCAUAUUGAGGAUGAAGAUCUGCAUCUGACAAAUGUUGAAGAAGUUACAAAUGAGGUUUUACUAAAAUGGAAGUUGCUCCUGCAGCCAAGGCUUCUGGGGUGAAGGAGAAGGGCAUCAGAGUUAUGUGGAAGGUUGCAUGGUGUGAAGGAGAUAGGGCAUCAGAGUCAUGUGGAGGGUUGCAUGGUGUGAAGGAACUAAGGUAUCAGAGUCACAUGGACGGUUGACUGUGGACUGUGGAUGCACCCAGGUGUGGUUCUGAAACAGAGUAAAACAUCGAACUGAGGAGAGAGGUCCAUCCUGCCUUCCUGCACCUAUGACUUGAAGUGCUGAUAAACAUGUUUAAAUCAAGGAUAUAACUUACUGAAAGCCUAAUUGGCUAAACUGCUAGUAUGAGAGCUGUUUUUUAUGGAAACUGCUGAGUGCAAGAAAUUACAAGUAUCAACAUUGAGGUGAAGGGUUUCAAUAAACUUUUGAACUGUUCGGUUGACAAUUAAGCAGCAACUUCCAACCAUUUCAUUAACCUUGAAGUAGGAGUGUUAGUCCUUGUGAGGAGUUAAUCCUCAGACAGGAGUGCUCAAUCCCUCUGUGAUGGGGUUUGGAUGAGAAAUGCGAUAGUUCUGAAGGUGGCUAUCAACCAGGGUUUAAUCCUCAGACAGGAGUGCUUAAUCCCUCUGUGGUGAGGUUUGGCUGAGAAUUGUGACAGUACUGAAGGUGGCUAUCAACCAGGAGUUAAUCCUCAGACAGGAGUGCUCAAUCCCUCUGUGGUGAGGUUGGGCUGAGAAAUGUGACAGUACUGAAUGUGGCUAUCAACCAGUAGUUAAUCCUCAGACAGGAGUGUUCAAUCCUGCUGUGGUGAGAUUUGGCUGAGAAAUGUGACAGUACUGAAGGUGGCUAUCAACCAGGAGUUAAUCCUCAGACAGGAGUGCUCAAUCCCUCUGUGAUGGGGUUUGGAUGAGAAAUGCGAUAGUUCUGAAGGUGGCUAUCAACCAGGAGUUAAUCCUCAGACAGGAGUGCUCAGUCCCUCUGUGGUGAGGUUUGGCUGAGAAGGUGGCCAUCAAACAGGAUUUAAUCCUCAGACGGGAGUGCUUUAUCCCCUGUGGUGAGGUUUGGCUGAGAAAUGUGGCAGUACUGAAUGUGGCUAUC